GUACCUCCUCUCCUCCUCCUCCUCCUCUCUCUCUCUCUCUCUCUCUCUCUCUCUCUCUCUCUCUCUCUCUCUCCGUUAGUCUCUCCGAUGGCUACCUGUUCUUAUCUUCUCAACCACGUCCAGAUUAAAGGAUGGCCCUCCACGAGAAGGAUAUCCAAGCUUGGAAAUCUCAAUCCUAUUGAAAGCUUCAAGACAAGAAGUGAAAGGCAGCCAAGGCAAGGACUCCUAAUUGCACAAUGUUCCUUCUGUUUGGUCCAAGUCGGAGCUGCUUCUCCUACCGCUCUGUUGUCAUUGAAGCCAUCUGAUGAUAUAGAUGCAGUUUCAAACAUUUUCCGCAUCGGUCCGCCGAGCACGCCACAGAACGUCUCAAAUCUAAUGCACAACUUGGUGCUGGCAGAUUUGGACCCUGCAACAGCAAAGCUAGCAAUCGGGUUUCUGGGUCCAUUUUUUUCGCUGUUCUCGUUUCUCUUCAUAAUAAGGAUAGUCAUGUCCUGGUACCCAAAACUUCCGGUUGGGAAGUUCCCGUAUGUGGUGGCUUAUGCUCCCACGGAGCCGAUUCUCGUGGCAACCAGAAAGGUGAUCCCGCCGUUGGGCGGUGUGGACGUUACGCCGGUGGUGUGGUUCGGAUUGAUUAGCUUCCUAAAUGAGAUAUUGGUAGGUCCUCAGGGCCUUCUUGUUCUCCUCUCUCAACAGCUUAGCAGCUAAGCAUACGAGAUUAGUCUUGUGCAAUAUAUGAGAACUGUAAUUUUUUUGUGGAAGAGUGAAUAAUAAACUUCGUCGUUGCGACGUUGCCUGUGU